AGCUGCCUCGCUGGUUGUUGAAAACUUAUUCAUUUUAAGCAAUUAUUCUUCACAAUUUUAAAUAAACACAACCACGUUUGGAUCUAAACCUAUCAGCACUAGCUUUUUCUUUCAUUCUGUCAUUGUUUUUUUCCCACAGAAAGUAAGAGAAAACUCAAUGGAGAAAAACUCUGUUCUCCUUCUUGCUUUCUUCCUCAUUCUUUCACCUUUGGUAGCUCCAAGUCAAGGCAAGAAGCAAACACAAGCUCUUGGCUAUCUUUACAAGAGCAAGAUGAAGGGAAGUUCUGGCAUUAAUAAGAGUCUUUUCAAGGCAGUUGACCACAUCAACAAGACCAGGGUUCAUCCACAGGAGGGAAUGAAAGAGAAAGAUAGAAUUGAAAAGUUGCCUGGACAACCUCAUGUCCAAUUUUCACAGUAUGGUGGCUAUGUAACAGUUGAUAUAUCAGCAGGUCGUGCGCUUUUUUACUAUUUCGUUGAGGCUCAGCAGCAUUCCAGGGAGUCUUUGCCUCUUCUUCUUUGGCUUAACGGAGGCCCCGGCUGUUCAUCUCUAGCCUAUGGAGCAAUGGAAGAGCUUGGACCCUUUAGAGUUCAUAGCAAUGGAAAAACACUUUACAGAAAUAGAUACUCAUGGAACUAUGCUGCAAAUGUUUUGUUUCUCGAGUCGCCUGCUGGGGUAGGAUUUUCAUACUCCAACACAACAUCAGAUUAUGAUGAGAGUGGUGAUAGUAAAACAGCUGCUGAUAAUUAUGUGUUCUUGUUAAAUUGGUUGGAGAGGUUUCCUGAAUACAAAGGCAGGGAUUUUUAUAUCGCUGGUGAAAGCUAUGCCGGGCAUUAUGUCCCUCAACUUGCACAUACCAUUCUCCAACACAACGUGAAGGCUAACAAGACGCUUAUCAAUCUCAAAGGAAUUAUAAUUGGGAAUGCUGUGAUCAAUGAUGAAACUGAUGUUAAAGGAAUGUAUGACUACUUUGAGAGCCAUGCUCUCAUUUCAGACGAAACUGCAUACAGGAUUCAAAAAUACUGUAAUUUUGCAUCAGAGAAUAACUCAGAGUCCAGUAUUGAGUGCAAUGCCGCCACUGAUGAGGCAAACAGGGAUGUCAACAACAUUGAUAUUUACAAUAUCUAUGCCCCCUUAUGCCACAAUUCCAAUCUCACAGUCCGGCCCAAGGAGCCUUCUGUGAUGAAUUUUGAUCCAUGCAGCGAUUAUUACGUAUAUGCAUAUCUAAACAGGGCUGAUGUUCAAGAGGCCAUCCAUGCCAAUGUAACAAUACUUGACCAUGAUUGGCAACCCUGCAGCGACAUCAUCAGAAAAUGGAGAGAUAGCCCUUCAACAAUUAUUCCCCUUCUACGGGAGUUAAUGGUUAACAGAAUCAGAGUGUGGGUUUUUAGCGGUGAUACGGAUGGAAGGAUACCAAUUACUUCAACCAAGUACUCUAUUAAUAAGAUGAAGCUUCCAGUUAAAACUAAGUGGCAUCCUUGGUACCUUGACGGAGAGGUUGGUGGUCAUACCCAGGUAUAUAAGGGAGAUUUAACAUUUGCUACUGUAAGAGAAGCGGGGCACCAAGUGCCAAGCUUCCAACCAAAUAGGGCACUUUCACUGAUCACCCACUUUCUUGCUGGCACGCCUCUCCCUGAUACCUCAAAACACAUCUGA